CCCGCCCUGCCGGGCCAGUCGCCGCCGGCAGCCGCGGCGCAGCCCGGUGCGGGAUAUCCCGAUGGAGACGGAGGGUUACCGGUGCCGUAGCAGCCGGUACAUCGAGAGCGGGCAGUCGGCUGUGCCCAGCUCGCUGCUGUUCGCUGCCGGGCUGUUGGGUAACGUGCUGGCCCUCCUUCUGCUGGGCCAGCACCGGCGGCGGUCCCGGUCCCCCGGCGGCCGCCCGCCGCGGGUCUCCGCGUUCUACGUGCUGGUGAGCGGGCUGGCGGUCACGGACCUGCUGGGCAAGUGCCUGAUCAGCCCCAUCGUGCUGGCAGCCUAUGCGUACAACCGCAGCCUCAGCGAGCUGGGACCCGGCGGGCGCACCGAGGGCGAGCCGGGCGUCCUCUGCCAGCUCUUUGCCUUCCUCAUGGCCUUCUUCGGGCUGGCCCCCACCCUGCUUCUGCUGGCUAUGGCGCUGGAGUGUUGGCUCUCCCUGGGGCAUCCCUACUUCUACCGACGGCACCUCACCCGGCGGCUGGGUGCCACACUGGGACUGGCAGCGGCAGGGCUCUGUGCCCUUUUCUGCGCCCUGCCACUGCUGGGCUUUGGGGUGCCCAUGCAGUAUUGCCCUGGCACAUGGUGCUUCAUCCGCAUGGCUGGCAGUGGACCACGCCAGCUCGUCUUCCCUGUCCUCUAUGCCAGCCUAAUGGGCCUGUUGGUGCUGGCCAUCGGCACCUGCAAUAUGAGCAGCAUGUGGCACCUCUACAGCAUGGCACGGCGGCAGCCCCGCCGUGGGACCCCUACCACCACCACUGCCCCGCACAUGGAGGAGCUCGACCACCUCAUACUGCUGGGGCUCAUGACCAUCCUCUUCACCAUCUGCUCCUUGCCACUCAUUAUCCGGGCAUACAUGGGGGCCUUUGCUGCUGAUUUCAAUGAGAACGCAGACCUCAGCGCCCUACGGUUUCUGUCUGUGAACUCCAUCGUGGACCCCUGGGUCUUCAUCAUCUUCCGCACCUCCGUCUUCCGCAUGUUCAUCCGCAGGGUUUGCAGAAGGCUGAAUUCCCGAAAAGCCUCCCUGAAAGGGCCUGGACCAGGGGAGGAUGGCCAGUUCUGUCCCCUGGGCUGGCGCAGGACAGACAUCCCACAGCUCAGCUUCCCCUGAGCAUGUGGGUCUUGUAGAAGCCAUUGGCUGCUGGUGAGGAUGAGGAGCGAGCCUUCAGUCCUGCACCCCACUCCGAAGCAUCCUGAGGCAGCAUAGGGCUGUUGCAGGUGGGGACAGCAUCUAGCUUGCAGCAAGGGGUGGGUGUGAAGUGUUUCUGCCCCUCCCUGGGCUGCAUUUCACCCCAGAGAGGAACUGGGGGGCUCCCAGGUACCUGUGGAUAUUUCCAAGCAGCAGCACUUUGUGAAGGGUUUGGGGAGCACCCGGCUCCAGGAGAGCAGGGUGUGUGACUUCAGGGCACUGGGGACACACAGGGAGGAGAGGGGUGUGUGUCCCCAUCAAAUAAAAGUGGUUCCGAGCCCUGCUC